AUGGCACCUUCACCAGAAGCUGCGUCGAGGGAGGGCUCAGACUCAAGCAGCUCGAGUUCGGAAGAUGAAGUGAAACAAGACCACUCAUCUAAGACAGUGCCUGACUCAUCAGACUCUGCCGAGAAGAAAGCUCAAAGUAAGGACAGGUUUUACAGCCUUGCAAGACUCACCUUUCCAAAGAUGAAGGCCGUCAAAUCCUCGUCGGAAGACAAGGCCAAGGAAGGUGGCGAAAAAGGAAAAUUGGAUUCGGAAAAAGACAAAGAAAGCACCGACAGCACGGCGAAGACGGAAAAAGCUCCGGCAAAACAAAGCAAAGCCGCGGAGAACAAUUCGGACCAAAAAGCGUCAGAGAAGAAGACUUCAUCAGCUUCAAGUAGCAAGAGGCGCGGUCAACUGACGUGGGUGCGCAUCAAGGGGUAUCCCUGGUGGCCUGGAAUGAUAGUUGAGAUGGAAGAUGUUCCGCCGCACUUGAAGGACAAUGUGCUCGAUGCAAAGAGACCAGAGUCGGAGCUGGCUUACUGCUUCGGAGAUCAUAUGUUUACUUGGUCAAGAAAUGACGAGCUGAAGAAUUUCGACAAGCACUACAACGAACUGUCGAAGAAAUCAACCUCGAAACUCUUCAAGACAGCUGUGCAGGAAGCAAACCUCGAGAAAGAAUCGCCGGGCUCACAACUUGCGGCCGCGUUUCCUCCUGAGUCGGACACGCUUGCGUUGAUGGAAGAUGAGGAUCCAAUUCCGAAAGAAAAAAAGAAAUCAAGUAAAAAGAGGAGUAGAGUUUCGAAUGAUUCUUCAUCCAGCGACUCUGAAGACGAAAGUUCAAAAAGCAAGAAGAAGAAACAGAAACAAGAGAAGAAAGAAAGCAAAAAGAAAACCUCUGAGAAGCACAAGAUUGAGAAAGAGGAUGAUGCCAAGAGCAGCAAGAAAUCAAAAUCUGAGACGAACUCGUCAUCGGAAGAUACUUCAUCGAAAGCCAAGACUGGAUUCGAGAUUUUUUGUAACACGAAUAGGCAAAAAGUACAGCAAGCGAAUCCAAAAGCCACUCCAGCGGAAGUGGUGAUGGUGAUGGUGAAGAUGUGGCAAGGAUUAGAUCCGGAGCACAAGGAGAAGUUUGAAAGAAAGGCCAAGAAAGAGGCCGAACCAAAGAAAGAGAAGCAGGAGGAAACUUCGGAUAGCAAGACUGAGAAAGCAGCGGAAAAGAAGAGCAAAGACAAGGAGCUGAAAAAGAGCAUGCCCAAGAAGCCGAUCAUCGACACUGCAAAGGAGGAGUCACAGGAGAGCUCCGAGGACGAGGCUCGCAACCACGACUACUGCGAUGACUGUGGAGACGCUGGAGAUCUUCUCUGUUGCGAUGGCUGCCCGGCAGCCUAUCAUGCUGCUUGCAUCGGAGUGGCCGACCCAUCCAAGUUGCCUGACCCCUGGUACUGCAACGCCUGCAAGAGGCUCAAAGAUUUCGGCAAGAAAACACCCAAUGAAUCGAGCAAAGCGUCGGAAAGAGAGCGAGCGCAAGAGAAGGCGAAAGCUCCGCCUCCUCCAGCUCCGAAGAAGAAGGUUUAUGCGGACGGGGAGAUAAAGAUCCCGAAGAAAGCGAACUCAGGAGAUUCAAAGCCCGAAGGAGAAGGUUCCAGCCAAGACAAGGUGGAAUUCAAGAGCAACGACACCAAGCUCUACGUGGGCAACCUCGCGUCCGAAGCGACCAACGAGAGAGAGCUCCGUGACGUCUUCUCGAGGUGUUUACAGAGCUUGUAUCCGCCCGUAACUCUGUCACAGUUCAAAGACCCUGCUUCUGCUCGAAGGGCGAUGAAUUCGGAGCAGGGAACGGUCAUCGGAGGUCAAUCGAUCCACAUCAAGCCUUACAGCGACAAGAACGAGCCUGCAAGAGUUCGGGAGAGGAACGAUCGACCUGAGAGGAACGUCGCGCACGAGAAGAAGGCUAACAGGCCGGAGGGAGGCCGAAAGGAGGCGGAGAUGGUAGCCAUGCCGCCGCGAGUGCAUGAGGAUCCGUCGAAGCGAGUGAAGAAGCCAGUGCUAGAUGCCCUCCUGCUGCGUCAGAUCGACGAAUGCGAGAACACUUGGAACAUCGCCACCACGCGUGAGAUCAUCGAAGGCUUUGCCGAGCUGAAGAAGCUGAAGCAUGCAGAAUACAAUCAAAACAUCGCAGAUCUCGAUCAUAAGCAUCGAACCGCCAAGGUGAAGAUGGGAGAGCUGCAUCGCUUCAACCUUCAGAAUUCCUCGGCGGCUGACUCGGGCUAUCUCAUGCAAACUCACCACCAGCAGUUCGCGCAGCUCGAGCAGGAGUACCAGGAGGCGAAGAUGGGGUUCAUGAAACAGCAUGCAGCAGAUCUCGCAGAUCUCAUCACCCGCGAGCAGCAUGUCAUGCAACAGCUUCGCAUCCCUGGUUUUGUUGGCUGUGAGCCAGGAACAGCGAACGCUAGCGUCAUCGAGCGUCAGAGUGCCGUCCUUGACUAUAUGAUAUCAAAGUUCCCUCCAGCUCCCAAGGCUCCUCCUCCUGCCCCUAUGCACGUCGCCGCGUCUGUCUCCUACUCUGACCCUCGUCGGACGUUCCAGGGAGGCCAGGGAGGCUUCGGCUCAGGCGCGUACGGGGGGAAGCAGCAGCAGCAGCAGCAGCAGCAGCAGGGGAUGGGCGGCGGGCAAGGAGACUAUGAUGUAGGAGCUGGCUCGUUGAAGGCAGAGAGAGCUGGGAGAGGAGACGCGCAGGGAGAAGUUGGGCAUGAGGAUCUGCUGGCGCUGCUUGGGGCAGUGGGAGGACAAGGAGGGCUGGGCCAGACAGCAGGAGAGGGGAGUGAACGAGAAAGCCAAGGAGCUCUCAAAGCAGCGGAGCCAAGCAGCAGCCAGACGAGGCAGGAGGGACAGCAGGGGAGGGAGGAAACGAAGGCUGAGCCAGCUCCUGCUGCCGAGACUGCAACGCUGGACAUAGGGGACGUGCAGGCGCUGCUGUCACAGAUUCAGAACGUGGUCGGGACGUAG